UGUCUUUAGUUAGUGGAGGGGAUCGAAUUUCCACAUCCAGCUCCAGCAGAAGGUCGCCUCUGUCCUCCGAUUUCCCAUACAACGGAAUUCAUGACUCAGGCCCAUCAGGGUCCCCCGCAACUACUAAAAAAACUCUGAACCAGCUCAACCCCUCAACGCCACCUCAGUGCCUCCAUUUAACUAGACUUCUCAUAAUAUCUUUAUUGACGAAAUCAUUCUAUGUAGAGCAUUUAUAUACUUAUUGUCAACAAUCAAUAUAGCUCAUACCCUUCAAUUGAACAUCCAUAUCACAUGAAAGAAGACGACAAAGGCAGCAAGCCAGGACUACAUUACACCCAGGACUCGGAGAUCACCAUUAGGACCACACGGACUGAGGGCAGCGAUCCUGAAACCUGUCCCGUUGGUGAUCCGGAGAAAUGCAUCCAUACAGAUAAUCACGAUGGACUCUCCGAGCUUCAGCCUGUCCCAUCCAGGAUCGAGUCCUACGCACCUGGAUCGACAUUUCGUGAAGAUGUCGACUAUCCGGAGGGCGGACUGCAAGGUUGGCUGGUGGUCUUCGGAGCAUUCGCUGGGAUGAUGGCAGCCUUUGGUAUUUUGAACACUGCCGGUAUAUUCCAAGCAUAUUUUGCCGAACAUCAACUCCAAGGCUACGAUGAGAGCACCCUGGGUUGGAUCUUCUCCAUUGCCUUCUUCCUUGCGUUCUUCUGCGGGAUCCAGAUCGGUCCGAUUUUUGAUGCUCAUGGCCCACGGCUUUUGAUCCUGGGAGGUAGCAUCAUGCUAUUGGCGGCGGUGGUCCUUCUCAGUUUCUGUGCUGAAUACUACCAAUUUGUUCUCGUCUUCGGUGUGAUGGGCGGCAUUGGUACGUCCUUAGUCUUCACGCCCGCAAUCUCAGCCAUCUCCCACUUCUUCUGUGAAAAGCGUGGCGGCGCAACCGGUCUCGCAGCGACUGGAGGGGCGAUUGGCGGCAUCAUCUUUCCGCUGAUGCUGCAGUCUCUGAUCCCCAAGGUUGGGUUUGCUUGGGCCACACGGUGUGUGGCCCUGAUCUACCUCGUCCUAUGCAUCAUUUCGAAUAUUUUCAUCCGAUCCCGACUUCCACCGGACCCCAACCAGUCGGUCUGGCCUGACUUCAAGAUCUUCCGCGAUCCUUCUUUCGCUUUGGUUACUGCGGCCGUCUUUUGCAUGGAGUGGGGCUUGUUCAUUCCCGUCACGUAUCUGACGUCUUUUGCAAUGUCAAGUGGAGCACUGUCGGAAGGCUCUGGAUACGAUCUUAUUGCCAUCUUAAAUGCUGGUUCGGUUCUUGGACGAUGGCUGCCAGGAGUCUUCGCUGACAAGAUCGGUCGCUUUAAUGCAAUGAUCAUCACCCUGGCGCUCUGUGCCCUGACGACAAUUGCACUCUGGCUCCCUGCCAGCCUUCUUGCACCGCCGGACUCCGGGGAGCAAGGGAUGGAGAUUUCGGUCUCAGGGCUGAAGGCCAUCGUGAUUAUAUAUGGGUUCCUAUUCGGGUUUGCAUCGGGAUCCAAUAUUUCUUUAACGCCCGUUUGCGUUGGUCAGCUGUGUCGCACAGAAGAGUACGGACGGUAUUAUGCGACUUGCUACACGGUGGUGUCACUCGCAAGUCUAACGGGUGUCCCGAUUGCCGGUGCUCUUAUCUCGGCCUGCGAUGGCGGAUACUGGGGUGUUGUCGGAUUCACCGGAGCUGUUUACGUUGUAUCGGUAAUCUUGAUGGUAAUGGCCAAAGGAAAGAAGGUCGGAUGGAACUUCACCACGAAGUUUUGAGCCGAGAGUAAUAUGACGAUGGACAAUAAACAAGGCAGGAAAGACUGGGAAGCAAUGAAUAGGUGUCUUUGUAAACACAUCAUGAAGCCAAUGGACACAAAGAAAAGCACCUCCUGGAGAACAACGGCCUUAAGGCUGUAAGUUCGGCCGAGCAAUAAGCAUUCCCACGUACCAAACCAUGUGCAAGGCACCAAAGUGAGAG